AUGUUUUGGAAAGCUGCUGUAAGACUUGUUUUCGAUGUGCCUGAGCCUGGGGUUACUAUUAUCAAACUCACGCAUUCAGAUGUUCCUGAGGAGGAUAGUUAUCCUCCGCGAAAUUUUGACUUGUCGAGAAAGUCGAAGUACGGCAGACCGAAGAUGGAACUCACCCUGACUCGAUCGGAUGAUUGGCAUCUUCAUCUCCGUGAUGCUGACCUUCUUCAAGCUGUUGCCCCUCACAGUGCAAAGCUUUUUGGAAGGGCGAUAGUAAUGCCAAAUUUGAAGCCUCCUAUUACCACCACCGCGGCCGUUGCUUAUGGAGAAUCAAUCUUGAAAGCAUUGCUUGCUCGUAGCAACUUCACUCCACUAAUGACAAUAUAUUUAACAGAUAAAACCAGUCCGAAUGAGAUCAAGCUCGCCAGAAGAAAGAGUGGAGUUGUCUUUGCUGUUAAGUUGUACCCGGCCGGGGCUACCACAAAUUCUCAAGAUGGUGUUACAGAUCUGUUUGGGAAAUGCUUACUAGUUCUUGAAGAGAUGGUUGAGGCAAACAUGCCAUUGCUGUACAUUGAGGUUCUGAACGUAGAGGUUUUGAUGUUGAAGUUCAUGACUGGGAAAUUCUGA